CCAGUGGUCAAAGCCUCCAACAAAGCUCUGUUGAGCGGCUGUAACCUGUCAUGGAGGAGUUGUGAAGCUCUGUCCUCAGUUCUCAGCUCCCCAUCCUGCAGUCUGAGACACCUGGACCUGAGUAACAACAACCUGCAGGAUUUUGAACUGAAGCUUUUUUCUGCUGGACUGAAGAAUUCACACUGUGCACUUGAGACUCUGAGUCUGUCAGGCUGUCUGGUCACAGAGGAAGGCUGUGUUGCUCUGGCCUCAGCUCUGAGCUCCAACCCCUCCAGUCUGAGAGAGCUGGACCUGAGCUACAACCAUCCAGGAGACUCAGGACUGAAGCUUCUCUCUGCUGGACUGGAGGAUCCAAACUGGAAAUUGGAAAAUCUCAGGGUGGAGCCUCGUGGACAGCAGUGGUUGAUACCUGGUCUGAAGAAAUAUGCCUGCACACUCACAUUGGAAACAUCCAGCAUUAAACUCCAACUGUCUGAAAACAACAGAAGGCUGACCGCAGUGCGAGACGAGCAGCCUUACCGUGAUCAUCCAAACAGUUCUCACCUCUAUCAGAUGAUCUGCAGAGACUGUGUGACUCCUCGCUGUUACUGGGAGGUCGAGGUGAAAGGAUCGGUUCACGUUGCUGUCGCUUACAAAGGAAUCACCAGGAGAGAAAUCCACAACUGCAGGAUUGGAAGGAACGAUCAGUCCUGGAGUCUGAAGUGCUGCAAUGAUCGUUACUCCGUCUGGCACAAUGACAGAGAAAUGUUCCUCUCUCUCCCCUCCUCCUCCCCCUCUUCCUCUUUCUCCUCCUCCCCCUCUGUCUCUCACAGAGUAGCAGUGUAUGUGGACUGUCCUACCGGCUCUCUGUCCUUCUUCAGAGUCUCCUCGAACACUCUGAUCCACCUCCACACCUUCAGCACCACCUUCACUGAACCUCUUUACCCGGGGUUCAGGUUGUGUUCAUUUGAGUCCUCCGUGUUUCUGCCUUAGCUGUAGGAAGGAGAAUCUCACACUGUAUGAAAAAAAGCAAAUAUGUAUUGGAACAAAUGUGGCCCAAUUUUUACAUUUUUUUUUUUUGGUACAUACAUUAUUAGAAAAUAUCUUAGAAUUAGUGUUCUGAGAACCCAGAAGCAGACACAUUCACCGGAGGGUGGAUGCACACACAUUCAGACGGGAAGUGAACUCUCACCUCCUGGGUGAAAGUCCGGGGUUUGUUGGAUCCAUCCACCACCCCUCCUCCCACCCUAUAGGGACCUUUGUACCCCAUAACAUUACGUCAUCACUGCAGCUCUUAACCUGACAACCACUGAGCAGUGUAUCAUGUGCACGCAACGUCUAAUAACACUGCGAGCGGUUGAGUUCGCCCUUGUUCUCAGCUGACAUGGACCACCUGUGUAUCAUGGGAAUGCAGAAGGUGGCUUUUGCUGUUGGGAUCUUACGGUGAAAGUCCGCUGAGUUGGUCCAUCAUUUCCCACUAUCGUGCCCCUCCGAUCUUGUUGUACAUGAUGGCAGUGAUGCAUUUUUGCUGGUUGGUGAAUCUCUCGUCUGAUUUCUGGAUGAAUUUCAGAAGGCAUUCCAUAUUGUUUCUCAGAUGCUUGGACACCUGCUCAUGAGGACGUAUACGGGGAAUAUUAAUAACCUGAUUUCUCUGUGCUCAUGCAAACACCAUAUCUCGAAUAUGAUCAUAACCUGGAUAAGCCUCACAAAGGGAUAUUCAUGUGCAUGUAAUUGCACUCAGACUUCGUCCACAUCGAGACAAAUGACAUUGAAUACUUACAAUCUAUCAAACCACAGCAUGAUAUCGAACCUUAAGUUGUAACUGUAGAAAGCCGAGGUAAGCUUUGUGUGCUGUCUGUCCAUCCUCUACCCUCAGAAAUGUCUCAGAAUUGUUUUAAUUUUAACCAAUGGACCCUGUGAUGGUUGUCAGGUGACUGUGUUUGCUUUGUUAUGUAUGAUUUCAGUGCAGUCUUCUCUGUUAAUGCAGGUCAAACGUCACCUCACUCCUCUGAAAAGGGAAUUACCUAGACCUCCUCUACCAGACAACCCACAUGUGGUCGUGCCAUUGGCUUUCCUUGUCUCUGGCUGGUCUCGCUCUCUUUUGCGACGUGGAUUUUGCCUGCUAAUCAGGAGCCACGUGGAUCAAUCAACACGCCGAUGAAAGCCAGGGUGUAGUAAGGCCAGUCAAAGCUGUGAUUUCAUGUGAACAGUCUGCCCCUGUUUCCACUGUUUGACAGAGUUCUGGACAUUGUUAACUCUUGUGAGCAACUAAACAAGCUUUCAGCAUUGGGGCAAUAGGUUUAUCUGGGCUUGUUUUUAAUUUCUUAUCUGGAGGGUUUAUGGGUUGCUGCUGGAGUGCAAUUUUUGUUUGCCUGGUAAGCUUAGACUAGACAGGUUUUUGUUUUAAGUCUGUUUUUAAAUUCUUGUACCUGACAACAGGCUUUGUUUUUAUUGAUCACUUUGAUUAUUUCUAGCGAAAAUAGCACAUUUUUAUAGAGAUUACCCUUACCUCGACAAUAAGGGUACAAGUCAGCUGAGGGCCAGUGUUAUGUCCUGUAGUAAUAAAUGAGAUUAGACAUUUGUUCACUGCCCCCACGGUCAUGUUUUGUUCAGUCUAAUUCAAGCAAGAUUACUGUUAUUUACUGCAGAUGGGACUCAGAUCCCUGCUGCCAGAGUAAUGGAUUUUUGGCAAUAGAAAUCAGUAUUUAAUUUAUGGGGUUUAUAGUGGACUGAGUUUACAUUGCAGUACUACAGAUGUGGAAUGAACUUCAUUCUUUGUAUUUUCUCAUAUCUCAUUAAAUAUUGUGUUUUGUGAGCAGAAAAGGGCUUGCAUCAGUUGUAAGCCAUUUAUGAAUUCAUUAUUUGAUUCUGUACAUUUGUUUUGUUCUUUUUAACAAUACUUUAUCAGAGUAUAUGAUUGGAGUUAAAAAAAAUGUCUGUGGGACAUAUAUUAGCAUAUACUAUUUAUAAUUGCUCUACUACCUAUAUUGAAUUUUUCCUGUAAAGUUGGGCAUUAUUUUAUCUUCUUGUUGCUUAAAAAAAGUCUGACAUGCCAGUAAAAAAUGUACAUCAUA